UAUUUAUUGUCCGACACUUAAAGUCAACGCCACACACACUCGCGGUGUUUGUGUUGUGAAAUCAUUGACAGUUGUAGUGACUAUUCGUGCGACCAAUUGAUCGGUAAAUUUGUCGGACAAUAUUAAACCAAUCGAAUGGGACGAUCGGAUCGCGACCGCCGAAGUCGACGAAGUCGUUCGCGUAGUCCGCGCAGUAGCCGCCGGCGCUCGAGAAGCGCGUCACCGAAACGUCGCGAUCGGUCCCGUAGUCCUCGCGAUCGCCGAAACCGCGAUCGCGGCGGCGAUAAUAGAGAUAAACGACGAGACGAUCGGCGAAAAGUUGAAGAAAUAAUCGGCGGAGAAGUGAACUUAGAGACCUUUGAUAAGGACGAACAACAGAGAAAACUAGAGAUAUUAAUGCAAGAGAGGAGGGAAAGGGUUGAAAAGUGGAGACUAAAACAUAAGACAUUGAAUGCAACGAACAGUACUGAAGUCAACAAUACAGAGGUCAGCGGUGUUGACGAAAAUGCCGACUCAGAAGUGAAGAAGACAUGGACUCUGGAGGAUGAAAAUGAUGACGAAGAAGAAGAUAAUCAAGUGGUCGAAUCAAUGGACGACUUGGAUGACGAACAAACUAUUAAACCGAUGCCGAAGAAAGAGGAAGACAACGAUGAAGAGUUAGCACAAUUGGCAAAGAUUAAGGCCGAGAAAAAACCCAAAGUCGAAGUCAUUCCUCCAAAACCAGAACCUGAAGCAGUAGUUGACGAUGAUAUUGAUCCGUUAGACGCAUAUAUGAUGGGAAUACAAGAAGAAGUUAAAAAGAUGCGAUCGAAAACUGUUAAGUCUAACGAAAAGGACAACAAAGUGACAGUUGUGGUGGGAAUCGCUAAGAAAGCAGUUAAUGCUAAAAACAAAGGAGAAUUAAUUGAACAGAAUAUGGAUGCCAUGGAGUACUCAUCCGAAGAUGAAGGCGUACAAGACGAUGAUUUGGCCAAUGCUAUGGACAAUCUGCAGAACAAAGUCAAACAAAAGAAAUUGAUGACAAUAACUAAGGAUGACAUUACAUAUCAGUCAUUCAGAAAAAAUUUCUAUAUAGAAGUUCCCGAAUUGGCCAAAAUGACUAAUGAAGAAGUCGAAGCAUUCAGAUCUGAUAUGGAAGGCAUCAAAGCUAAAGGUAAAGGAUGUCCCAAACCUAUUAAGACAUGGGUUCAGUGCGGUGUCAGUAAAAAAGUGUUGGAUGUUCUUAAAAGAAAUAAUUACGAAAAGCCGACACCAAUUCAAUGUCAGGCUAUUCCGGCCAUUAUGUCCGGUCGAGACCUUAUAGGUAUCGCCAAAACAGGUUCCGGCAAAACACUGGCUUUUUUGUUGCCAAUGUUUCGUCAUAUUAUGGAUCAGCAGCAACUGGAAUCAGGUGAUGGACCCAUAGCUAUAAUUAUGACACCUACACGUGAGUUGGCCACACAAAUCUGGUCGGAAUGUAAAAAGUUUGCCAAACCAUUGAAUCUACGAGUGGUUGCCGUUUACGGUGGUACACCGAUUUCCGAACAGAUCGGUGAACUUAAACCGGGCGCCGAAAUUGUUGUCUGCACUCCCGGCCGUAUGAUUGAUAUGUUGGCCGCCAAUUCUGGUCGCGUUACGAAUCUUCGUCGCUGUACUUAUUGUGUGUUAGACGAAGCGGACCGUAUGUUUGACAUGGGUUUCGAGCCACAGGUCAUGCGUAUCAUUGAUGGUGUUCGUCCCGAUAGACAAACUGUUAUGUUUUCGGCUACAUUUCCGCGAAUAAUGGAAGCACUGGCCCGAAGAAUAUUAGACAAACCAAUUGAAGUACAAGUUGGUGGUCGGUCUGUGGUUUGCAAAGAAGUCGUACAAAAUGUUGUCGUUAUAGAUGAAGACGAAAAGUUUCUCAAAUUAUUGGAAAUUUUAGGUCGCUUUGCAACAGUGGGCAGUGCUAUCGUAUUUGUGGACAAACAAGAAAACGCAGAUAUGUUGCUCAAAGAGCUUAUGCACGCAUCGUAUACUUGUUUAGCACUUCACGGAGGUAUCGACCAAAACGAUAGGGACUCGACUAUUGCCGACUUUAAGAAUGGAAAAGUUAAUGUUUUAGUGGCGACAUCGGUAGCCGCUCGAGGACUAGAUGUUAAACACUGUGUUGUUGUCAUCAAUUAUGACUGUCCCAAUCAUUAUGAAGACUAUGUACAUCGUUGCGGUCGAACCGGUAGAGCUGGCAAUGAGGGCCACGCAUACACUUUCAUAACACCAGAACAGGGAAAAUAUGCAAACGAUUUAAUCAAAGCUUUUGAGUUGAGUGGACUGUCGGUACCCGACGAACUUCGUCAGCUAUCGGAUGGUUAUAAAUUGAUGCAAGAAGCACUCGGAAAGAAAGUCAAAUCAGCUUCAGGUUUCAGUGGAAAGGGAUUCAAAUUUGACGAAGCAGAAGCACAACUGGCCAAUGAAAAGAAAAAAUAUCAAAAGGCGGCGCUCGGACUACAAGAUUCAGAUGACGAAGAUCCUGAAGCAGACAUCGAUCAGGAGAUUGAGAAUAUGUUGGCACCCAAGAAGUCUACUAAACAGGUUCCAAUAGCAUCGGCACCUGUUGCCAAUUCAGUGGCCGGAGUUACCGUAACCAGUGAUAAAUCAGUUACUGAAAAACUUGAAUUAGCCAAACGUUUGGCCUCAAAAAUAUCUGUCAAUAUGGCCGGCAAGUCGACACUGUCCACUACCGAAGCGUUCCUUAAGGGCGAAUCGUUUGAUUUAGGUGUUCCCAAUGUAAUAUCAGCCAAAUCACGAGCCGAACAAAUUGCCGAACGACUUCACGCCAAACUUAAUUAUGUGCCCAAAGAUGUCGAGUAUAAUGAAGACGGAGAGAUAGUUCGGAAAGCGCUCGACGACGACGAUCCUAACGCACCCGGCAAUGCUGGCGGACAGCGUUUCGAAGAGGAACUGGAAAUCAAUGAAUUCCCACAACAGGCCCGUUGGAAAGUGACCUCAAAAGAGGCGUUGGCACAGAUAUCCGAGUACUCGGAGGCCGGCAUAACAGUGAGAGGCACUUAUUUCCCGCCGGGUAAAGAGCCCGGAUUGGCCGAUAGGAAACUAUAUCUAGCUAUUGAAGGCGCGUCCGAACUGUCCGUCUCUAAGGCCAGGGCUGAGAUUAUCCGACUUAUCAAAGAAGAAUUGGUCAAAAUGCAAAACACAUACACACCUGUCAAUAGGGGACGUUAUAAAGUUGUCUAAUUAUUUAACCGUUUGACUAAAUCUUGUAAAUAACAUUUAUUUAAACAUCAAUAAUUGAUAUUUUAAAAAAUAUA